AGUUACUUCCCAUAGGAUGUUUACUUCCGGGUUUGGAGCAACGUGCAAUCAUGGUCAGAAAACUCAAAUUUCACGAGAAAAAGUUGUUGAAGAAAGUAGAUUUUAUAUCAUGGAACGUAGAUAAUAAUCUCCAUGAAUUGAAAGUUAUGAAAAAAUACUUCAUUCAACGCAGAGAGGAUUACACAAAGUACAACAAGUUAUCAAGACAAGUUCGAGAGCUGGCUCGUAAAAUUAAAGAACUGGAUGUGAAAGAUCCCUUUCGUUUAGAAGCAACCAAUCAGUUUUUAGAAAAAUUACAUUGCAUGGGUUUGAUACCAACAAAAAGAAGUUUAGCUCUAGCCGAUGAUGUAAAUGCUUCAUCAUUUUGCAGACGGCGUUUACCAGUGGUUAUGGUGAGAAAUCACAUGGCGGAGAGGUUGAAAGCUGCAACUACAUUCAUAGAACAGGGACAUGUUCGAGUAGGACCGGAGGUUGUAACAGACCCAGCUUUCUUAGUCACAAGACAAAUGGAGGACUUUGUUACAUGGACAGACACUUCUGCAAUCAAGAAACAUGUGCUCAAUUACAAUGAGAUGAGAGAUGAUUUUGAUAUGCUAGAAUGAGGAAACAUUGAAACUGGGAUAAAGUUGUAAAGAACACACUGACUGUGAUAUUCAUACCAAGGUUAAACUGUUCUAUUGACAAGGAGGAUGGUCAGCAAAUAUUUACUCUGUAAAAUGCUGACAAACAUUAUAGAAUCAUAAACACAUUCUCCAUUGUACCAGAACAAAAACCCAGUGCUUGCUGACAUUUCUACAUCUGGUUGAAUAAUACGGAAGAAGUGACGUAGUCAGACAGGAAAUGGCAGAACACAAGGUCCAAAAAGUGCUUCUGCUUAAAGAUAAAUUUUCCUUUUCAAGUGUUACUUAGAAAAUUCCUUGGCAACAGCCUCAAUGUACCUACAUUACUGCAAAACUUUGAUAUGAUAGUAGGUUAUUAGGGAUAAAUUUUAGACAUUUCAUAUUAACAAAUGCAACAGUGAAAAAAAAAAUGCUUUGAAACUUGAAGUUUUUGACCAGGUAAUCUGUAGGUUAGGACAGGUGUCCAUGUAAUUUUGUUCAGUAUAUACCGGAUGAGAUGAGCUCUGGGUCACAGAUAUCUUCAUGUUGACUAGUUAUUACUGGUUUAAUAAACAACCUUAAUAUAACAAAA